AUGCUGGUGAAAUAUCAGUUAUUGAUCUCGCUGCUAUUUACGUCCUUGAUAGGAUUUGUGGCUGCCUGGUCGGACCAGGACCUGGAGAUCUUUGCUCUUAGGGAACAGGUUGAAAAAGAUCUUGGAAAAGGAGCUACUUUCUACGACUGGCUAGACGUGCCUCAAUAUGCCAAGGAUGAACAGAUUGCCAAGGCAUAUAGAAAGCUUUCGAGACAGCUUCAUCCUGAUAAGAACAGCCAUCGUAGUUCGACAGAGAAAUAUACUCGUUUGAGUUUGAUAGUUAAUAUCCUUCGGUCAGAGUCUCGUGAGAGAUACGACUUUUUCCUUUCUAAGGGAUUCCCCAGAUGGAAGGGAACUGGAUACUAUUAUAACCGGUACAGACCCGGUCUUGGAACUGUGCUCGUAUUUUUAUAUCUGUUCAUCAGUGGAGCGCAAUAUCUGCUGAUGAAGAUUUCAUCAGAUAGAGACCGCGCUCACAUGUCCAAUGUGAUUGAUGAGGCCAAACGACUAGCAUGGUCUGGAUCUACCACUCCUGGGGUCAACAUGAGCUCGAAACGCCGUGUCACUCUUCCCAAUGGCAAGAUCUUUACUGUCUACCCGUCAGGAGACGUUUUUAUCGUUGACCACGACGUCGAGUUCCACCUCAACCUGGACGACAUUAAAUCACCCACUUGGAAGGACACUAUCCUCUACAAACUGCCCAUCUGGAUUCGAGCUCUUAUUACCGGCCAACAGGCUGAGUUCAACGAACCAGAGGGCCAUAAACUCUCGGACCCUGAACCACCCAAGAAAAAGACUCCUCGUCCGGCCACUAAGGUCGCCGGCCGCCGUAAAUAG